GGGAGGGAGAGAAACAGGGGCUCAACAUGGAUACGAGACUAGGCGUGAAUUGUGAACUCGCCCCGGUGUUGAAUUGAAGAACCAGCGGCUCCAAACUGACCACAAACACGGGAUUAUUAUGCCCAGCGCCAACGUGUCCGUGCGAAGUUUAUCCGAAGUGGAGAAAUACCUCGGCAGCCGGAUGGACCGGAGUUCUGAGGGCAGUUUCCUGAGCCUCUCUGGGUCGAUGCGUCGGGGUUCUUCAGAGAACAAUCUGGACCUGGAUCUGAGUGAUGGAAGUCCUGGUUCCGCUCUGGGCUUCGAGGUCCAUCGUAGUCGCUCUUGCUUGGACAACCUCCAGCAGAAGAUACUGAAAGUCACGGAGCAGCUGAAGAUCGAGCAGACGGCCCGGGACGAGAACGUGGCCGAAUACCUGAAGCUGGUGAACAGUGCGGACAAGCUGCAGGUCGGGCGCAUCAAGCAGGUGUUCGAGAAGAAGAACCAGAAGUCGGCGCAAAACAUCGCCCAGAUGCAGAAGAAGUUGGAGCAGUAUCACAGAAAGAUGAAGGACAGUGAAAUCCUCCACAGCCCGUCCCCUCACCCAUCUGGUGUGAAACACAGCACCAUACCCAGGGAGUCUCCCAGACAGCUGCUGAGGGACAUGACUGGCAGCGGCCGACACCCGACCAUGGACAAGAUCAAGACCAUCGGCCCUGGUGUUUCCCUCUCCCCUCCUUUCUUCUUCAGCAAGCCUCGAGAGUUCGCCAACCUCAUCCGGAACAAGUUUGGCAGCGCUGACAACAUCGCCCACCUCAAAACCACUCUGGAUGCUUCCUCGCCGCUGCCCACUGACAGCGCAGUGAAGGGGCUGAGUAGCAGCACCUCUAUGGUGGGCAAGCCCAAGUAUCCCAGUGAUGAUGAGUGCUCCUCAGGGAGCGCCUCCAUUUCAGCAGACAGUAAUGGGAACCCAGCGGGGGGAGGAGGCCUGCCAGCAGGGCAGGCGCAGCAGGCCGGGGGAGACAGCCAGAGCCGGCUGGCCCUGAGCCUGGAGGAGGUGAGGGAGAUCCGAGAUGCCCAGAGCCAGCUGGAGGAGGAUAUGGAGGAGAUAAAGGCUCAAUUCAAGAGAGAGUAUGGCAUCAUCAGCCAAACACUGCAGGAGGAGAGAUACAGGUACGAGCGUUUAGAGGACCAACUGAACGACCUGACAGAGCUUCACCAACAUGAGAUGACUAAUCUGAAGCAGGAGCUGGCGAGCAUCGAGGAGAGAGUGGCCUACCAGGCUCAUGAAAGGGCCAGGGACAUACAGGAAGCUCUGGAGUCGUGUCAGACGCGAGUGUCCAAGCUGGAGCUCCAGCAGCAGCAGCAGCAGACGGUCCAGCUCGAGAGCCGUGACGCCCGAGUCCUGCUGGGAAAAAGCAUCAACAUCAUGCUUGCCAUCAUCACCGUCAUCCUGGUUUGUGUCUCCACUGCUGCCAAGUUUGCCGCUCCACUGAUGAGGAGCCGGCACCAUGUUGUCGCUACCUUCCUGGGAGUUUGUUUUUUGACCAUAUUCUGGAAGAACUGGGACCGUUUACAGUAUGCCAUAGACAGGUUGCUGGUGCCUGCCUGAGAGUGAAGCGUGCACACUGAAAAUAACACUGCAGAGGCAUGGACACUGUCUGUCAGGAUAGGACUGUCGAAGAGGAUUGGUUGUACAAUCGUCAGAAGACACGAUCGCCAUGCAUUCACAAAGGUCAUUUAAAAAAAAAGUCAAACUGGAAUGAAAUUUGGUCUUUUUUUCUUGUCUAGAACUUGAAUGUGUGUUGCUAACAAUUUCAUUUAACCUUUUAAAUAAUAUUUAUAUAACAGUCAUUUUUGUUACUUCUCCAAGGAUUGCUAUGAAAUCAUCUCAAGACAUAAAUAGUCAAUUCAAAGAUUAAGAAGGGUGGAGAGACGUGCACAUGAGAUACUCCUCCCCACGGUUUUGGGGAAAUAAUCAAUAGAUGAGGUCAAAUUUGGCCAAUGAUUAUUCUUUCUCCUUUUUGCUUCAGCUCAACUUUAAUAUCUAUCAAACUGUUGAAAACAUGUACACACAAACAAAACCUCAAGCUUGGUAUCUUGUUAGCACAGUUAUGAAAUGCUAAUGUCUUUUAUAGAAAUAGUUGGAGAUUUUGGGAAAUGUGCUUAUUCUCUUUCUUGAGAAGAUCAAUUACAUUCAUAUCUGUUAAUAUGAAGCUACUGCCAGGGGCUGCGUGGCUUAGCUUAGCAUGAACAGGUUUUUCUUACCAGUUAACAUGUAAUCUAACAAUCUCGUUUAGAGACGUGGUUUCACAGGGGAAGUUAGGGUCAGGCUGUUUCCUGGCAAGGCCUGACUCCAGAAGGGUGUUUGUUUAUCAAUGGGGCUGUGUAUCGGCAAGAAUCUGUAGAUAUGAUACAUAUGAUGAAAGUUGGGUUACUAUUCAAUAUAUUGCUAUAAGCAAGGCAAUAUAUUGCGGUUUGCAUAAAAUCCUUAAUACUUCUGCACCACCAUAUGCAUGAAAUCUAAUUUAGAAAAAGGUUUUUAUGCAUUCUGUGCAGUGAACUCAUUUGCAUUUAUCACAGUCCCUGUAACAUCCAACAUCAUAGCACUUAUUUUUGUGCAUGCACUCUGUCUGCUACAGAUCUUGCAUGUAAACUAUUAAUUGAAGAUCGAUACAGUGUUUUUGGGAAUCGAUACAGUAUCACAAAAUGUAAUAUUGUGAUAAGGAAGUGUAUCGAUAUUACGCUUAUGUCAUCUUUAGGUAGCUUGAUUUUUGCCUUGUUUUUAGAGGUUCAGAGGUGGAUUUUUGUGACUUUUUCACAGAGACAGACGAGCUAUUCCCUCGGUUUUUAGUCUUUAUUCCAAGCUAAGCUAACUGGCUACUGAUUGUAGCUUCAUAUUUGGACAUGAGAAUGAUAUCAAUCCUCUGAUCUAACUUUUUAUAGAUAAACUCAAUAAGCACAUUUCCUCAAAUUCCUCGAGUUAAACUAUUCCUUUACAUGAAGAAUCUACAGACUGAAGCACAGAGGCAAUGGACAUCAUGUCUUUUUUUAUGUGUUCAUUAUCUUUAUUCCUUAUUGCCUUGUCUGCUCUGUGUGGUCAGUCAUCUCUUAAAGGUUUUCUGUUUACUGUUCCUGAUGUUUAAAGUGCAAUAUACUUGAUUUCUACAAGCACUGUUUUUAACAUGAUUCUUUUAGGAGUGAACGUUUUAUGUCGAUGUUUUACAGUGACAGGGUGCUGGUGCUGUGGGGGUUGGGUAAGGAAGUGUCAUUAAUGUUGGCAUGAGAGAUCCAUAACCACUGAAGCCACUGCUGGGCUCUGAUAAGACCAGCUGUCUCCUCUCUUAAGGGCCAAAAAUCAAUCCCACUGCAUUACAGUGCUGGUAGCUCGGUAAUAUCAACACACACUGGCUCCCCGGUGCAGGCGCACAUGCACACACACCCGAACAACACAAACACAGAGUCUGCCAUUUGGCUGUCUUUGUGUCUUACUGGUCUGAUGUUUGUCUUGUAUUAAUAAUGUGAUUGAGAGGCGAUGGAUUAAACUGUGAUUAAAGGCCUUUUUUGAGGAAAAAUGCAAUUCCAAUUUUUUUUUUAAAAAGAAGCAUCAAACCGCCUUCAGUACUCUAAUGGUGACUGAGGAGCAUGUUACAGGCUCUCAGUUAUGAUCCACGAGCCACUUUUUUGGAUUGAAUAAUGUGUUAUUUUAUGUUUGUCUUAUGAACAUUGCCUAUGAUGAUCUCACAUGAAACUAUGGACCACUUUUUAAUUGUUUGUCUGCCAUAAUAACAUGUUUGUGUUGAUGUUUGUUGUCAUCUCUGUCGUUCUACUGACUGUAUCAUAAUUCUGUGUUCCUGUUUUGACAUAUUUGAGGAAGUUUACCGACAGAACUACAGAUCUGGUUUACAUUCUCAUUCAUCUCCGGUGCACUACGUGAUCAAUCAGUUGUAUUUUCAUGCAUUACGUGCCUUUGUCUGACACUUUCUGUUAAAUUAAACAAGACUUUUUAAUCAA